AUGAAGCUGGGCAAAUUGUUUGGUCGAUGGCGUAGUAGUCCGUUCCUCAACAAGGACAUGCCCGAAAUAUCUCCAGAAGAAAGAAGACGAAUCAAGAUGCGCUACAAGGAUAUCUCAAAGCACGUCAUUUGGCCGAAUUGCAGGUUUCCGGAAUCCCCUAACAAGAAACCCUAUGCAGGACCUGCAUUACCGCCCUUGGUCGAAAAUCUUACUGCCGAAAAGGCCGAAAUCGAGGACCCAAGGACGCCGUUCCCAAAACCCGCCAUUAAUGCGGUGUUGCGAAGUGAUAGCGAGGGAUCUAGUGAGGAUGAAGAUGUCGUCCAAUUGACGAGGCUG